AUCAGAUCAGAGGAGAAAACUCCAUUGAGGAGAGGCAGCGAGGAAGAGAGGGGAGCGGGGCUCACCAUUCUUCGGCUCCUUCGCUUGUACUAGCAUUCGAGGAAGGAGAACAAUGUUCGAAUGGCCCAGUAUAGGCAAUCGGGCACCGAUCGAUUCUCCGCUCGGAGCCAGAUGGAUUCUGCAGUCGCCGGAGACCAGAUCGGCAUCCGGAUCCCACAAAAGUCCGGCCGUGUUCGCCGCGCCAAGUCGUCGAGUCAACUAUCCGCCGCCGCAGUGGUCGUUGGAGUGACUCUUGUUUUUGGCUUCUACGUCUCCAUCCUCGCCUUCCACCGCCUAUCCGGUUUUAGAGAAAUACCGAGCAGAUUAGACGAGUACGGCGAAAAGAACAGAUCAGGUCCUCGGCCGAGACUGGAACGUACGCUGGCUUUCAAGGAACUUAGAUUUGGUCACUUCACUGGCGGGAGUGGUCGGGAUUCUAGAUAUUGGGAUGGGGACGACCGGCGGCGGGAUAUCGAUUACAGUGAGGAGGAAGCUACAGGGAGGAACUUGGGGAGUGAUUCCGGGAAGAGCAAGCUUCUGGAGGAGGGAACGGUUGAGAGGGCACAAGGGAAAAGCAGGAGCGGGAGAUUGUACAAUGAGGGCGGGCGAAAAGAGUUGGAUUCUUACAAGAAGAAAUAUGAGGAUUCUUUAAAGACUGGCUUGCAGACAAGGGAUGAUGGUUGGGUGGAGCAGGCUAAUACUUUUGAUGAGUAUGAUGAUGACUUUGAUGAGCAGGAUGAACUUGAAGAUUUGCGAAAUGAGAGGGAUGAUUGGGAUUUUUCUGCUGACAGUGAAGUUGUUUCUGCUGGUGCUGAUGAUGAAUUCAGGGGAUUGAGUAAUGUUGGUGCUGUUAGAAAAGAUGCAUUUUCGAAUUCAAAUGUAAAAACUUCUGGUGAGGUUUGGAGCAAUAUUGGUCAGCAGUCUCAAAUGGAUGGUGGUGAUGGCGUUCGUGCUACUGGUAGGGAAUCUAGUUCUAGUUCAGGGAGGAAAAUUGAAUUGAAAAGAAAACCGAAACACCACAAGUCUUCUCGUUCAUCUUGUGAGAUGAAGUUCCAAGAUUUUACAGCUUUGCUUGUUGAACCUCUAGAGAACAAGAAAUUUUCUAGAUUUUCAUUGCAGUAUGCAGAAAUUGAAGAAAAACCCAGCGGAAUAGAAGACUGGGAACCGAGAUUUGCUGGCCAUCAGUCUCCUCAAGAAAGAGAACAGUCAUAUUUUGCCCAUGACCAGAAGAUCAACUGCGGGUUUAUUAAAGGUCCUCCAGGCUCACUUAAUACUGGUUUUGAUUUGGCAGAAGAUGAUAUGAAAUACAUGAGCAGUUGCCACAUAGCUGUAUCUUCAUGCAUCUUUGGAAAUUCUGAUCAUUUAAGAACACCUUAUCUUAAGACGAUUUCACGCCAGUCUAGGAAAAAUGUCUGCUUUAUUAUGUUUGUGGAUGAGAUUACAUUGCAGACGUUACUUUCAGAAGGGCAGAAGAUGGACAGUACAGGUUUUAUUGGUUUGUGGAAGAUUGUGGUUGUUCAUAACUUACCUUACCCUGAUAUGAGGAGAGUUGGGAAAAUACCCAAGUUUUUGACACAUCGACUUUUCCCAUCUGCCAGAUAUUCAAUUUGGCUUGAUAGCAAAUUACGUCUACAAAAUGAUCCCUACCUCAUCUUAGAAUAUUUCCUAUGGAGAAAAGGUUAUGAAUAUGCCAUCUCCAACCACUAUGACCGGCACUGUGUUUGGGAGGAGGUUGCCCAGAACAAGAAGCUGAACAAGUACAACCACACUGUUAUCGAUCAACAGUUUGAGUUCUAUCUCUCAGAUGGCCUCAAAAGAUUCGACCCGUCGGAUCCCAACAAAUUGCUUCCUAGCUAUGUACCAGAGGGCUCCUUCAUUGUGCGAGCACACACGCCAAUGUCGAACUUAUUUUCGUGCCUUUGGUUUAACGAAGUGGACCGCUGGACUCCUCGUGACCAGCUGAGCUUUGCCUAUACUUAUUUGAAGAUUAGAAGGAAGAAUCCUGACAAGAACUUUCAUUUAAACAUGUUCAAGGAUUGUGAGAGGCGGUCCAUAGCAAAGCUUUUUCACCACAGAGCAGAAGAUAGAAGGAAUAUAUCUUUACAAUAGCAAUUAUUGAAAGCCUCAGAAAUACAAUCCUUCUCUAUUAACAGGAGGUAUCUCACCUGCCAUUAUUUAGUUUUUUUUUUUAGUUCCUUGGAUUAAAGGGUUUUAGAACUCCAAGUUCUUUGUUGCUGUCCUUUUAUUAUUUCAUUUUUCUUAGUACUUUUAAUGGUUCCAGUGAUGAUUAAAAGCUUGUAAAAAUCUCAUCCCACUGAGAAUUCU